AAUGAACCGUUUCAGCUGCGCACUUCUUCUCGUCGCCGUUGGCUUUGCAGGAGCUAAUGUGUGCACCGAUGACACUGGUCACUGGAUGUUCUCCCUUGCCGAAGGAGUUACUGAUUACUCGUAUGGAGGAUCUAAGCUUAACACCAAAUACUACUGCUUCGAAGGAUGCUUGAAUACUGGAACUGCUCUUCAAAACUAUAAGAUUCUGUUGGCCGGAACUAAUGCAACUAUGCUCGAGAGAACUCGCCCAGUUAAGGAUAUUGUCUCCCUUCACUCCCAGGCCGUUGUCAGAGACGAUGAUCCAAACGCCGAAUUCUGUGUCGAUGACACUUUGAGAAAUGAUGUGAAGAAUGCUCUUCAAAAGUCCACCAAAAACACCUGCAAGAACAUUGUCAACACAUUGGUGCUUAACCUUAACCGUCCAGGAUGGGCGAUCACUUGCAUUCAAUUUGACGAGUUUGCUCUCGAUGGAGUUGUUACAGACAAGAACUUCUGCAGCUACGACGCAGUUCAAAAUGGAGAGAUCUUCACCAUCCGUCUCGCUAAGCUCGACAUGUCUUAAAUUUUCAGGCAGAUUGUAUACUUCCGGAUAUUUCAGAAAAUAAAUUGUUUCAUGU